AUGGCACAGUAUCAACAGCUUGUUCAGGGCAUUUGUCUCGCUCAAGAGAAAUCAGGGAGCUCCGAGCCUAAUCCCGACAGCAUUUUGGCGGAAGCAUUCAAGUUGCGGUACCAGUUUGAGGAAAUUCCAGAGAAUCAACGAAAGCUUUCACGGGACGUAGAUCACGGAUCUGGGUCAGCAGCUAAGUCAGCUGUCACUGUUGGCCAAGUCAACUCGGAGGAAGGCAUUGUAAACGCAUUGUCGAGCCGUUUUGACGAAGACCACAUCUACACGUACGUCAACCACCACAUGAUAAUCGUGAUGAACCCGUACCGGUUGCUACAGACUGCUCGAUUCACGUCAAUUUACGACGAGCAGGUUGUACUCACUUACGCUGACACGGCAAAUGCUGAGACAGUACUGGCUCCGCAUCCAUUUGCUAUCGCGAAACAAAGUCUAGGUCGCGGGCAAUCCCUUUGUCUUUGCGGUGGGAGUGGUAAGACAGAACUUGCCAAGGACUUGCUGAAAUACCUGGUACUUGUGGCGCAACCAGCUCUUUCUGAGGGUUCGGAGGGUCGCCAGCCCAAGAUCAAGCUGUUUACUAGCUCCACUAAAAGUACCAUUCAGAUGAGAACAGAGGAAACACGAACGAUCGCUCUCCUCGAAGCUAAAGGUGUGGAGAAAUACGAAAUCGUGCUGCUGGAUUGGCAUCCUGAACGCUGGGAAGAAAUGGCAUCAGUGAGUCGAAGUAAGCCAUCUUUAGGAUGA